UCAACCCGGAACAACUUGUAAACACACCACAGAAGCACCGGGAUCGCAGAGUCUAAAGGUGAUGUUAAGGACUGCUGUCAGGUGCCUUUGGUCCGCUCCUCUCUCAGGGCAUAGAAGUAUGUCUCAGAGCAGCCUUGCUGGAAAAGUAGCCAUCGUGACAGCCUCUACAGCUGGCAUCGGCCUGGCUGCAGCUCAGGCCUUGGGCAAGAGAGGGGCCCAUGUGGUAGUGAGCAGCCGGCGGCAGACCGGUGUGGACAAGGCCGUGGCCCUGCUCCAGAGCCAGGACAUCCAGGUCACCGGGACCACCUGUAACGUCGGGAAAAAGGAAGACAGGGAAAGACUGCUUCAAAUGACUUUGGAUCAGUGUGGCGGUGUUGACAUUCUCGUGUCCAAUGCAGCGGUCAACCCCUUCUUCGGGAACCUUCUUGACACCACAGAGGACGUUUGGGACAAGAUUAUGUCCAUAAAUGUAAAAGCAGCCUUCCUCAUGACCAAGACGGUGGUGCCACAUAUCGAAAAGAGGGGAGGGGGGAGUGUCGUGUUUGUGUCAUCAGUGGCUGCUUACCAACCAAUGCAGGGCUUGGGUGCUUACAGUGUAAGUAAGACUGCCUUGGUGGGUCUGACCCGGGCUCUGGCCCCCGAGCUGGCUCAAAGUAAUGUGAGGGUCAACUGUGUGGCCCCCGGAAUCAUCAAAACCAGCUUCAGCUCCACUUUAUGGCAAAACGAAGACAUAAUGGAUGACUUUAAAAGACAGCUGUGUAUUAAGAGAGUUGGUCAACCUGAGGAAAUAGGACGAGUGGUCGCCUUCUUGUGCUCAGAGGACGCCUCCUACAUGACAGGAGAGACCAUUACAGUGACGGGAGGGAUCGGCUGUCGGCUGUGAUCCCUUGGCAGAUACUGAUUAUUAUCCCUGCUUAGUCGUUUGUAUGGUUUAUCUUCGGCUAUUAUAAUCAGGUUAAGGUUUCGGGCACAUUCUGUCGAAAAAAUGUCCUAUAAAAACAUUAAAUUCACAUUCAAUGGCUA